GGCGACACUACGUCAUCGAGUCGAAACAGUUCGCAUCCGUCCGUCGACCCCCAUCCAUCCUGUGCGGCACCCAAACUGCAGUUGUGUCUGCGCUCAUUUUGUUUCUGUGUUGUGUUUUAUGUGCCCGCCCGUCUUCAGAGCAUCGCGUUUUUACUUUCACGCGAAAAAUACGGUCUCGCCGGUCUCAGAGACAGGCACCGACCGAUUCCCCCCAAAAACAAACGUGUUCAAACCUGCCCAAGAGAGCUGAAACGUGUCGCCAUAGAGGCCUGACAUGUGAACGGAGUGGUGCAGAGCAAUAGAGUCCCUCGCCCGGUGUUCAAAGACGAAGACAUCCAAUCUCCCCCGAAUCCGCAGAGAGAUCGGCUGAGAGCCGAGAAACGAGUGAAAAAUGAAUUUCACACCCUUCGGGAACAAUUUCCCCGGCAAUAUCCCUGGGCUGCCCCAAUUCACAACCAGCACGGCGCCCCUCGUCUCGUCACUGACCGCCGCGGUGGCCGAUGUGACGGUGACGGCCACCAAUAACCCGCAGCAGCAGCAGCAGCAGCAGCAGGAUGCAGGCGGCGGGAGCACACGCUACCAGCAGCAACAGGCCGCCACUACAGUGGGCAUGACGCACUUCAGCCAGCCGAGCAUGGCGGCGGGGCAGAGCGGGGGCGGCAGCAGCAGCAAGUUCCGCAGCGGUCAGGAGGAGGGCAUGCAGGGCGACAAGUACAACGGCCACCUGGUGUCCACCGCGCAGCAGCAGCAGCAGCCGCAGUAUGCCACAGUCGCAUAUGCCAGUGCGACGGCAACGAGCGGCGCCUCCGAUGCCCUCCAGGCGGGAACCUCCGGCCAGGCACAGCAGCAGCAACAACAGCAACAGAUGCAGCAGCAACAGGUGGCCGCGCCGCAGGAACUCACCCAGGAUCUGUGCAACGCCAUCCUGCAGCAGCAAGUGCUCCAGAACACCUCCUGGCAGACGCUCACGCCGGGCACCACCGUCGCCGACUACCUCUCUCAUCUUCCGGCCAACACGCUGCCCCUGUCGCUGCACCAUUUCCUCAAGUACUCGGCGGAGACGAUAAAGAAGGAGAACCAGCAGAACGUGGUGCUGCAGGUUCAAACGGGACCAGCCAUAGGGAUCAACACCAUUGGCACCACAACCAUCAGCAUACCUCAGCAGGACCAGUUGACGCUGCAGCAGCAGCAGACGACGUUGCAGGUUCAGGCACAGGCACAGGCGCAGACACAGGCGGCAGUGGCAUCUACGUCUGCGGCGACAGGCGUCGCCACAAGCACCACAAAGAAGAAGAAGCGCAAAAAGCGAAGCAAGGACCGCAAGCCGAAGCUGCGUCCGGGCGAGAUCCGUCUUGGAACGGCCCUGGACGGCAGUCCGUUGUACAUGUGCCCCGAGUGUCAUGUGGCCUAUCCGGAGCCGGAGCUGCUCGAGGUGCACCUGGUGGGCCACAACCUGGAGAAGCGGUACGUGUGCGACGUGUGCCAGGCGUCGCUGAAGCGCAAGGACCACCUCACACGCCACAAGCAGUCGCACAACCCGGAGCGCCCCUACAUCUGCACCGUCUGUCUCAAGGCCUUCAAGCGCAAGGAGCAACUCAGCCUGCACUUUGUCAUCCACUCGGGCGAGAAACGGCACCAGUGUCAGGAGUGCGGCAAGGGUUUCUACCGCAAGGACCACCUCCGCAAGCACACCCGCUCCCACAUCGCCCGCCGUGUGAAGGCCGAGCUGAACAGCCACGUGCGGCGGGAGAACGGCACCAGCAUGCUCCAGCCGGUGGUGACAGAGGCGACCACCGCGGCGCUACAGCACGCCAAUCAGCUGGCCAGCCAGCAGCAGCAGUUGCAGCAGCAGCAGCAACAGCAGCAACAGCAGCAGCAGCAGCAGCAACACCACAUCGUGAUCACCCAGCAGCAGCAACAGGCGACGCAGGUGCAGCAGGUCCAGGCCCAGGGGCAGCAGCAACAGCAGCAGAUGCUAAAUUAGCCAAAUGAUUUUUGUAAAGUCAGUUAAGCAAAAUUCGAUUCCGCCUCUCAGCCGGCCGCCAGUCCCAAACGGCUGGCGGCUGGCCCAAACGCAACUCUCUCGGUCCACACAAUUUAAUUGACUCCGCAAAUCGGAUAGAACACACUGGAGAAUAUCGUUGACGAUAUCAGCAGGUUCGCUAGCAAAUAUCCCGGGAGCUUCCACAUGGAAACUCCCAACGCUGUACAAUUUUAAUGGUAAGCCGCCCCCCACCAGCCAGACCCCGACGACAGUUGGGACCGUCUCCGAAUCUACACGCACAAAUCGGGACUACAUUCUUCUAUUUGGAACUUGUAAUCAAAGUUCAGAAUUCUUUGCUAACCUAAAAUCCUAAUAAAAUCGUUAAAAAUCAGGCCUAAUUCUAUUAAGAACUGGAUCCUAAGCUCGUAAUGAUCUUUCAAAAUGCGUUACCUUUCCAAAAUCCCAUCCCAUAUUUCCGCAAUCAGUUCUUAAGCUUAAAACAGUUUCCUUCCAAAAGUAUUUGCCUAUCUAUCUUUACUAUUCAAAAUCGAAAAUCAUAGGACGAUAGAGAGAGCUAUCUAUCUAUCAUCUAGGAGUGGUGUCGGUCCCAGGCCUCUGUCUGCCCCAAAAAACAUUCCAUAGAAUACAUACUUUAAGAGAACUGUGCAAAGGAAUAAUAGUUUUGUAAGCGAUGUAUUUUAGUGAAAGGUAUUUUUUUACAAACAGAACCCGUAUCGUAUGGUAUGCAAUGCACAUGCCUGUACGAUUACGUGAACACAUGAUUGUAAAAUGCAGGCGCACUACAUACAUACGUAUAUGUAUAUUUAUAUAUCCGCGUAUAUAAUGUAUAUAAUGUAAACGAUUGCAAUUUAGAUUUACACUUGCAUCUAGGUACGGAUCAGAAUCAGAUAUUUGAAUUGAAUGUAUGUACGUUUCACUUUUGCUACACCGAUAAAAGAGCCACAAAACAAGUGUAAAAAUGUAGUAAACAAUAUAAUUUGAUCUU